AUGGUGAGCCUGCCCUGGGCAAACCAGACGGAGGUCGUGGAAUUCGUGCUCGGAGGCUUCUCUUCCAACCGACAGCUAAAUGUUUUCCUCUUCAUGAUGUUCUCCGUUUUCUACGUCUUCAUUGUUUCUGGAAACGUCCUCAUUGUGCUGCUAGUCUUGCUCAGCCGUCACCUCCACACCCCCAUGUACUUCUUCCUGGUGAACCUGUCCUUUCUGGAGAUCUGGUAUACCUCCAACCUUGUCCCCAAGAUGUUGCUGAUUAUCGUAGCUGAUCAGAAGACUGUCUCCGUGGCUGGCUGCCUGGCACAAUUCUACUUCUUCGGGUCCCUGGCUGCAACAGAAUGUCUCUUGCUUGCUGUGAUGUCCUAUGACCGCUACCUGGCCAUCUGUCACCCCCUCCACUAUCCCACCCUCAUGACUGGCGCCCUCUGCACUCGGCUGGCUGCCAGCUCUUGGCUCUGUUCCUUCCUCCUGACGGCAGUCACUCUGGUCCUACUGUCCAGACUAACCUUCUGUGGACCCAAUGAAAUCGAUCACUUCUUCUGUGACUUUACUCCUCUGGUUCACCUCUCCUGCGUGGACACCUCGCUGACCGAGACCAUUGCUUACGCCACCUCUUCGGCAGUGACCCUGGUCCCGUUUCUCCUGAUAGCGGCGUCUUACUCCUGCAUUCUGGCUGCUCUCCUGAGGAUUCCGUCUGGCACCGGCCGGCAGAAGGCCUUCUCCACCUGCUCCUCCCACCUCACCUUGGUCACGGUGUUUUAUGGGACACUGAUUGCCACGUACCUCGUGCCCUCGGCCAACUCGUCCCGGCUCUUGCGCAAAGGGUCCUCUCUGCUCUACACCAUCCUGACGCCCAUGUUCAAUCCCAUCAUCUACAGCCUGAGAAACAGAGACAUUCAUGACGCCCUGAAAAACUGCCUACGUAGGAGGCCAGCUUUCCGCCGAUAA